CGUAUCAGGCUCCGACCAGCGCCUGUCCUAUGCCAGGCAUCUAUGACUAUGUGCACAAGGGGUCGGACUGCACCGGACAACUGGACAUUGGAUGCUCAAGGGAUUCCGAGAUAGUUGUGGACGGCCGCUGUCCUGGAGGAGAAUCGGCGGACGUGCUCCAAUGUUAUGCCAACUGGACAGAGAACGAUCGGGUGUUUCUUAUUGCUGGCCGGGCUGGGGACUUGAGGAAGGCUGCAGACUGCUUGGUGUACAAAGUGACAGCCAAAGGGUACGAGUUGGAAGCAGAUCCAUCGUGUGGCAGCGAGAGGGUUAACGUCAUGGGACGACCCAUAGACUUCAUCGUCAAGUCACCGAGCAAGCCGUGCACCAUGUCCACUACCAAGUCCGCAACGAUCUACCCGGCCCAGUCCCAGGAGUCACGAGACGAGACGGGCAUCUACGACACGCAGCAGCCCGGGAAGAAGAGCGGGCCCUCCUCGGAGGUCAUCGAGACGCCACCCAGGAACAAAAAUCCGAACGGCGUUAUCGGCAGACGGUCGGGGGUGACCAUGUGUAGCCUCGCCUUUCUGUCGCUGAGCUUUGUCAUGGCGACGACCAUGACCUUGACAAGGUGAUACCGCCUCGUCCAUGAUGCUAACGCGGUUUGAUUUUUUAAAAUAAGAAAUAUGGUUUUGAUUAUAACCAUGGUCAACCCCGCCCACAUCCCCCACCCACCGCCCCCUUUUCUACAAGGCUGGGUGAGGGUGAGGGGGGGAUGUUGAGGCGGGUCCAUUGUUGUGAGAGGAUGUGAUGGUUCUUAUUCACAAAGCGAGAUUUUGGGGGGCUGGACGCAUAGAUAGAGACCAGUGCUGGUGCUGGUGUCUCGGCCUCACUUUAUGGGUGUGCU